AGCACCGUUCUGUUGACAGAAGAACACUUCUCUGGAGAAAAAAAUGUCUGCUUGUGAAUAUAAUUUGACGAACAGCAAAAAAGAAAUGGAAAACGCUAUUAAAAAAGAGGCAAAAGGCUCAGAUGUGGAAACAGACGAGAAAUUUGAAGGUAUCACAGUGGAUGCCGCAGAUCAGCAGCGGGUGGUUUCGUAUCGGCACUUCAGUCCAGAUCUUUGCUUUUCGUUGAGCGACUCGAGCACCGAUUCUUCUGAUACCAGCAACAGCUGGGACUACAAGCGACGCGGCGUUAACAAGAAAAGACUUCACAAGAUGCGUGCCGCCGCCAUGCGUUUAGCAAUAGGACCAUCCCUCUCGCCCAAUGCAGGGACAAGUUUAUCAAGCUCAGAUGACGCUGAUCCUAUCAGUCCCCCAUCCUGUAAGCGGCUGAAGACCUCGGCCACCACUUCGAAACUAGAGUCAUCCAAACCGAGUGCCCCGAAUGUGCGCAUAAAAUCAGACGCCCAUCGGAAGAGACUGGAAGCGUUUCAGCAGAAUCUGCGUGUGGUCAAUGAACAGAUAGCCAAGAAGUAUUCAGAGCUCAACUACGGCGGUUUACGUGCUGAACCCGGUACCAUUCGGCGUCUUCUUGGACGUGCCUGCGUUGGCAUCAAUAAAUUUGCUGACAAUCCAAAAAAAACUCCAGAAACAAAGACUGAGGAGAAAGGCGCAAAGAAGAACUAGAGCGUGGACAUUCUAGAUGUCAAAAUCAAAGAAGGUGGACACUCAAGAUGGAGGGGGGCCAGCACCAACACGACUGAACAGCAAUGAAUGGAUCUGCAUUUAAACCAUAAACAAAACAUACUAUAGAAUACUACGCAAGGCGCCGUCGUAGGACUUUAACACUUUUUCGGAAUUUGAUUAUAGCUAAAUCAAUUAUACACAUGUAACAAUUAUUCGCAGGGCACUAUUUAUGCUUUCUUAGGCCAUCCACAUCCAUCUGUAAUUAUUUUUCCACGCUGAAGACAAGAAACAAAGAUAAUUUUAUCUAGAGGUGGAAAUAAUACCGGAAUCCAAAUCGAUAUUCAUCACUUGGCAGCUUUUGCUUAUCGAUACAUGACACUCCCUACACUAGUGAAAUAAAAGAACGAAUUUCGCGAGAAAAACAAAAACAGAUCUGAUUGUAAAUUAGUGAAUAAAAAAUGGAAAAACUUAGAUUUAAAAUCGAGCUUGAAGUUCGGGAUCGUUGCGCCGUAUAGAAGGGACUACAGACCGAAGCCAACAUCGAGCGAUGAAAACGACGGCGGUUCGGACAUGGCAAUGUGGGACGAUGAAGAAACCGACGAUGGAGCUCAGGAUGGGGAGGAUACAUCAGUAUCCGGUAGACCAUAAGCCAAAUGUAUUGUAGAAAGCAAGCCACAAAGAUGACUAAAACAUGUCCGUCCCCAGCUUCGUUUCUGGAUCUCAACUUCUAGGCGGAGAAGAAGGUGUACAAUUGAGGCAAACAUCCAUUAAUCAUGCACCGAAGGAAUUAGUGGGGCCACCCACUGGCGGAGCCUCGUUUUGGAUUGUUUUUUGACCGGGCAUUGUUACCACUAUCCCAUUUCCAAACCAUCAAUAAUAACGCAAUGUGGCAAUGGGCAGGCAACACAGGAGCUGACAGAAUUAGUUGCAA